UGGAAUGCUAUCCUCCAUCUUCGCCUCUACCCUCAAUGGCGCUUGCCAUUGAACCCCUCAAAACCUCCUUCAUCUGCACCACUCCGCCACUUCCCCUUAAACCCUCCAAAAACCUCAAGAGCUGCCAAAUUCCCAAGAAACCCAGAAAUCUCAUUAUCCACUGCUCAGUCCACCCAGACCCAUGGUCGCUUAGCACAGGGAACCGCCCAAAACCCAUCUCCAAAAACCCAAAAAACCCCCUCUCGGACGACAAUGCUCGCCGUAUAAUCAAGGGCAAAGCCCGGUACCUGAGUGUUCUUAGGCGAAAUCAGGGCCCUCAAGCCCAGACCCCCAAGUGGAUCAAGAGGACGCCGGAGCAGAUGGUGCAGUACCUUCAGGAUGACCGCAAUGGGCACCUCUAUGGAAAGCAUGUGGUGGCGGCCAUCAGGAUUGUGCGGAGCCUUGCGGCGAGGCCUGACGGGUCGUAUAAUAUGAGGGAGGUGAUGGGGUCGUUUGUGGCGAAGCUCUCGUUUAGAGAGAUGUGUGUGGUUUUGAAGGAGCAGAGGGGCUGGAGGCAGGCAAGGGACUUCUUUGGAUGGAUGAAACUGCAGCUAAGCUACCAACCCAGUGUUAUAGUCUACACAAUUCUUUUGCGUGUGUAUGGACAAGUUGGAAAGAUCAAGCUUGCUGAACAGGCUUUCUUGGAGAUGCUUGAAGCAGGGUGUGAACCAGAUGAAGUUGCUUGUGGUACCAUGUUGUGUACAUAUGCUAGAUGGGGUCGCCAUAAGGCUAUGCUGUCAUUUUAUUCUGCUGUCCAGGAAAGGGGAAUUAUACCAUCUAUUGCAGUUUUCAAUUUUAUGCUGUCAUCUUUGCAGAAAAAAUCACUCCAUGGAAAGGUCAUAGAUUUGUGGAGGGAAAUGGUGGACAAAGGGGUGGUGCCCAACAGUUUUACUUAUACUGUAGUCAUUAGCUCACUUGUCAAAGACGGUCUUGUUGAGGAGUCUUUCAAGACUUUCUAUGAGAUGAAGAAUUUAGGUUUUGUGCCCGAGGAGGUAACUUAUAGCCUUCUUAUUAGUUUAAGUUCCAAAACCGGUAACCGAGAUGAAGCAAUAAAGCUUUAUGAGGACAUGAGAUACCGCAGAAUUGUUCCAAGUAACUACACAUGUGCUUCCCUUCUAACCCUUUAUUACAAAAAUGGGGAUUAUUCAAAGGCUGUUUCCCUCUUUUCAGAAAUGGAAAAAAAUAAAAUUGUAGCUGAUGAAGUCAUUUAUGGUUUGCUUAUUAGGAUAUACGGCAAACUUGGUCUUUAUGAGGAUGCUGAGAAAACUUUCAAAGAGACUGAACAGUUGGGCCUCCUUACCAAUGAGAAAACGUAUAUAGCAAUGGCACAAGUUCAUCUCAAUUCAGGGAACUUUGAGAAAGCUUUAACCAUUAUGGAGUUGAUGAGGUCUAGGAACAUUUGGUUCUCCAGAUUCUCUUAUAUAGUUUUGUUGCAGUGUUACGUAAUGAAGGAAGAUUUGGCAUCUGCUGAAGCUACAUUUCAGGCUCUCUCCAAGACUGGACUUCCUGAUGCUGGUUCUUGUAAUGACAUGCUUAAUUUGUACAUCAAACUGGAUUUACUUGAGAAGGCCAAGGAUUUUAUUUUCCAGAUAAGGAAAGAUCGAGUGGAGUUUGACAUGGAGCUUUGCAAGACAGUUAUGAAGGUAUAUUGCAAGAAGGGAAUGUUAAGAGAUGCCAAGCAGUUGAUUCAAGAAAUGGGUACAAAUGGAUUGUUCAAGGAUAGUGAAUUUAUCCAAACCCUUUCUAUGGUUAUGCAUGAAGAAUCUGGGAGACCUGAUUAUGUGGAUGAUGCUGUUGAGGCCUUGAACCAAAACAAUACUUUGGCCCUUGAGCUGAUGCUUGGUCUGUAUUCGGAAGUUGGCAACGCUUGUAAGGUGGAAGAGAUUUUGAAAAUGUUGCUCAAAACUGCUGGUGGUUUAUCAGUGGCAAGUCACCUAAUUAGCAAAUUUAUUAGAGAAGGUGAUAUAUCUAAAGCACAAAAUCUUAAUGAUCAAUUGGUCAAGCUAGGCCGUGGAGCAGAGGAUGCUUCAAUUGCUUCUUUGAUUACUUCAUAUGGGAAGCAACACAACCUGAAGAAAGCCAUAGAAGUUUUUUCUGCAAUAGAAGGCUGUACAUCUGGGAAACUCAUAUAUAUCUCAAUGAUUGAUGCAUAUGCCAAAUGUGGUAAAGCUGAAGAGGCAUACCACCUUUAUGAAGAAGUGACUGGGAAAGGGAUUGAACUAGGUGUUGUUUCCAUCAGCAAAGUUGUGCACGCUUUGGCUAAUUAUGGCAAACAUCAAGAGGCUGAGAAUGUAAUUCGUAGGAGUUUUCAAGACGGCUUGGAGCUUGAUACUGUGGCAUACAAUACCUUCAUCAAUGCAAUGCUAGGAGCAGGUAGAUUGCAUUUUGCUAACAGCAUCUAUGACCGCAUGGUUUCCCUCGGAGUUGCUCCAUCAAUUCAGACAUAUAACACCAUGAUCAGUGUGUAUGGACGAGGUCGAAAACUGGAUAAGGCUGUAGAGAUGUUCAACAAGGCUCGCUGCUCAGGUGUAGGUGUAUCCCUGGAUGAGAAGACAUACACCAAUCUGAUUAGCUAUUAUGGGAAGGCUGGUAAGAGCCAUGAAGCAUCCCUUCUUUUUAGAGAAAUGCAGGAAGAAGGAAUAAAACCUGGCAAGGUCAGCUACAAUAUUAUGAUCAACGUAUAUGCUACUGCAGGACUUCAUCAUGAAGCACAAGAACUUUUCCAAGCCAUGCUAAGAGAUGGCUGCUCACCCGACUCCCUCACUUACCUUGCCCUUAUUCGAGCUUAUACACAGAAUUUUAAAUUCUUGGAAGCUGAGGAAACCAUCAUGUCUAUGCAAAACGAAGGGGUUCUACCUUCCUGUGUUCAUUUCAACCAAUUACUCUCUGCUUUUGCUAAAGGAGGUUUCACAGAGGAAGCUGAAAGGGUUUAUCAUACGCUACUAUCUGCUGGUUUAAGUCCAGAUGUAGCAUGCUAUCGGACUAUGCUAAGGGGUUACUUGGACUAUGGAUGUGUGGAGAAAGGCAUCACUUUCUUUGAACAAAUAAGAGAGUCUGUGGAGCCAGACCAGUUUAUUAUGAGUUCAGCUGUGCAUUUUUACAAGCUUGCAGGCAAGGAAUUGGAAGCUGAAGGCAUUUUGGAUUCCAUGAAAAGUCUGGGGAUCCCAUUCCUGAAAAACCUUGAAGUUGGAUCCAAGGCAAAAGCAUCCUAGAAGCACAUCAGAGCCGGUUUUGCAGCUGUCGAAUACUUGACUUAGAAAGGACUAAAGAUAAUACAAAUACCAUUUUGCUUGUACAGUAACAAUGACAUGAACGUCUGUUUGGAUCAUUGUACUACUCAUAUUCCUCUAAUAUUUGAAGACCAAUGGCACUGAAGGGCAUAGCAGUGAAGAAGUUUCCCCUGUUCAAUGAUUCACAGUGGCUUGGCAAUCAAGAUGGAGUGUUAUCAUGUCCAGGAUGCAGGGUUCUCAUUUUUGCAUCAUUUCUUGGUGAUGGGCACAGGAAUCUGCACUUCAUCGUUCCGCAUGAGAAAACCAGUCCAAAUAUAACCUACAUGUCCAACUGAGCUAUGAGCUAGAGGUUGCUGAAGAUGAAAGACAAUCCCACCGAACCAUCCAUCUUGAUUGAUCUGGGUUUCUAUUCAUUUGUGUCACUGGCAGAUUGAAACCAGAGAUACACUUGCCAUGGUAGAGUGCAGUUGCAUGAGCAGCAACUCAUACCUUUACUGAAUUACUGCCACAGAAGUCAUGUCUGGUACGAUAUUUCAGUAAGUGUAGAGACCAAAAUGAAUGCAUCAAGCUUAAAUCAAGCUAUCAAAUAUGAGAUUAUUCAAUGGAAAACCAAAGCUAGCAUCUUUCUACUAUGAUUUUCUUGCAGAGAAAACUAUGCAGAAGCCCCUGAUUUCAUUACCACUGUAUUUAUCCAAGACCAGCAAACCUCUUCAUUUGUAGCUUCAACUUAUAUAGUAAGGUUCAUAGCAUGUAAUCUAGAAUCUACACUCCCAGGAUUAAUGUAUUUUUCUUUGUGCUCAUGAAUAAAAUUUGUGGUUUCUGCAGUCUGUAAGAAA